AUGUUUUCUGUCAUUGGGAUGGAAAUAUUCCAUGGCAAAGUCUGCUUCUUUGACCUGAAUUUCACAGCUCCUGAUGCCCUGGUGUAUGGGAACCCAGCCUUAAAGAGGUCAGAUUUUGCACAAGACAGGUACUGCAAGAACAACUUCAAUUAUCUCACCUCCUCCUUCGUUGUACUGAUGGAGCUCACGGUGGUGAACCAGUGGCAUGUUCUGGCAGAUGGCUUUGCCCUGGUGACCCAUCAGGUGGCAAAGCUGUACUUCAUCCUGUUUCACAUCGUGGUUGUCAUCCUCAUUGUUAAUAUUUUCAUAGCAUUCAUCUUGGAAGCUGCCUUUGUGGCAUUAGAAAAAAGUGAAAUUGAAACUGCCAUUGAGAAGACGAUUCAAGAGCUUGGAGUGGGGAUCCAAGAGGAAGAUGUGCAAGACCAGAAGCUCAAUGAUAACGCAGACGCCAGGGACAGUGGCCUUGGUGGGAAGGAUGGAGACAGCAGAAGGGAAGCCAUGAAAGGGCUAUACUUCAGAAUUGCAUCAAAAAAGUACAGGACUGUGGACGCCUUGCCACAGCAGAUGUUUGAGUCUGAAAUAGCUCCCGACAGGGAAGGCCCUUCCUGGGAUGAGAUUCUGAACCUCUCACCUAGUGACAUAUAUCCCAAGAAUCCCAGUUUUGAAAACUGCAUGAUUCUGGGCUUGCAAGGAUUCACAACUGGAAACCAAGAGAAGCUGCCAUCUUUCUUUCCAUAUGCUAGGCUGGAGAUGAUUCUUCCAGCCCCCACUCUCUUCUGUGCUCGAGUCUGUGACUGGCCUCACCUGUCCUGA